UGCAAUGGGGAAAGAAAAGAUUCAUAUUAACAUCGUGGUGAUUGGACAUGUCGACUCCGGCAAAUCAACGACUACCGGACAUCUGAUCUACAAGUGCGGAGGCAUUGAUAAGAGGACCAUUGAGAAGUUCGAGAAAGAAGCUGCUGAGAUGGGCAAAGGAUCCUUCAAAUAUGCCUGGGUCUUGGACAAGCUGAAGGCAGAACGUGAACGUGGUAUAACUAUUGAUAUUUCACUGUGGAAAUUUGAAACUGGCAAGUACUACAUUACAAUUAUUGAUGCUCCUGGACACCGUGACUUUAUCAAGAAUAUGAUCACGGGAACAUCUCAGGCGGACUGUGCUGUACUUAUUGUGGCUGGUGGUGUUGGAGAAUUUGAGGCUGGUAUCUCCAAGAAUGGACAAACCAGAGAACAUGCUCUCCUUGCUUUUACCCUGGGGGUAAAGCAACUAAUCAUUGGUGUCAACAAGAUGGACUCCACAGAGCCUCCCUACAGCCAGAAAAGAUUUCAGGAGAUCACCAAGGAAGUCAGUACCUACAUUAAGAAAAUUGGCUACAAUCCAGCCACUGUAGCAUUUGUGCCAAUAUCUGGCUGGCAUGGAGACAAUAUGCUAGAGCCAAGCAGUAAUAUGCCUUGGUUCAAAGGCUGGAAGGUGGAAAGGAAAGAGGGAAAUGCCAAUGGUAUCACUCUGCUUGAAGCUUUGGACUGUAUCAUACCUCCUGCUCGGCCCACAAACAAACCUCUUCGUCUUCCUCUGCAGGAUGUAUACAAGAUAGGAGGUAUUGGUACUGUACCUGUAGGAAGAGUGGAAACUGGGAUAAUGAAGCCAGGUAUGGUGGUGACAUUUGCUCCUAGUAACGUCACAACAGAAGUGAAGUCUGUGGAAAUGCACCAUGAAGCUUUGCAAGAGGCUUUGCCUGGUGACAAUGUGGGAUUUAAUGUGAAGAACAUAUCUGUGAAAGAUAUCAGAAGAGGCAAUGUGGCUGGUGAUAGCAAGAAUGACCCUCCUAUGCAGGCUGGCAGCUUCACUGCACAGGUGAUUGUACUUAAUCAUCCAGGUCAGAUUGGUGCUGGUUAUGCACCUGUUCUUGACUGCCACACAGCUCACAUAGCCUGCAAGUUUGCAGAGCUCAAGGAGAAGAUAGAUCGCAGGUCUGGUAAGAAGUUGGAAGAUAAUCCCAAACAUCUGAAGUCCGGAGAUGCAGCCAUCAUUGAAAUGAUCCCUGGGAAGCCUAUGUGCGUGGAAACCUUCUCUGACUAUCCCCCUCUUGGUCGGUUUGCAGUCCGUGAUAUGAGGCAGACGGUUGCAGUCGGCGUAAUCAAAGCUGUGGACAAGAAGUUGGCAACUGCUGGGAAAGUGACAAAGUCUGCUGCUAAAGCUGCAAAGAAGUAAAAUGUCCACUGAUCAAUGUGUGGAGGGGGGUACACUAAUAAAUGUUUCCUACUGUAAUUUAAAUGUUUAAUAAAAGUGCAACUCAAGAAAAAAAA